AUGUCAUUAAAAACUUCACUGAUCAGACGAUCGUCGUCUAUAUCAAAUGGCUCUUCAUCAAGCAGAUCAAGACUUUUAAACUCAUUUAAUUAUAUACCCUCAACAACAACAAACUCGACUGCUUCCAAUGCGGUCCACUUGUCAUCAUCGUUCAGACCUACUAGUCAACCAACUUCAAUCAAUUUAACUUUGGAGCCACUUAAUGACACUUUUAAACGUAAAAAUUUAGUUCUUUAUGACAAUGAACCAAUUAAAAUCGGUAGGUCGAUAAACAAAUCCACAACACCCUCAGAAUCUAAUGGAUUUUUUGAUAGUAAGGUGUUAUCCAGAUCUCACGCUGAGAUUUUGUUUGAGAAAAGUAACAAUGUUGGUGAAAAAAGAAAGAAUAGUAUGGAGAUGAAAGUAGAAGGAAAGGUGUUAAUUAAGGAUUUAAAAUCAAGUAAUGGAACUUUUCUUAAUGGGAGGAAAAUUGGUGUGGAAAAUGAUGAAUUUGAUGCUGUGGAAUUGAAUAAUGGAGAUUUACUUGAAUUUGGAAUUGAUAUAAAUAACGAACAAGAUCCAAAGACGACAUUUAGAAAAAAAAAUAUCAAAUUUUCCAAGUUAUCCUUAUCAGCACCAGCACCAGCAUCAUCAAAUUUUAACGAUGAUUUAUCAAUUUAUGAUUUAAUAGAGAGAGAAUUGAAUUUAGCAAAGCAAGAUUCACAAAAUUUAAUUCAAAUGAACAAUAUGUUGAAUGAUUUUAAUGAUAUACUUGAAGAUUAUAGCAUAAAUGAUAGUAAUAAGCAAGAUCAACAACAUCAGUAUGAAUUAUUACAAAAUUCGUAUCAAGAUUUACAUAAACUCUAUACCAAAAGUAUUGAAGAACAUGAAGAAGAAAAGCAAAAAAUAAUUUUCAAGUUCACAAGCCAAUUGAAAGAGAAACAUGAACCAGUGAAAAAUAAUGAGCAAGGUCAAAAAAAUAAUUAUCAGCAAUUAUUAUUAGAUAAAGAAAAAGAAUAUGAUGAUCUAUUGAAUAAAUUUAACUUGCAUACUAAAGAAUAUAAUUUGAUGAAAGAAAACUACAACACAGUUAUAAAAAGAAUAAGCGUAAUAGGUGAAUGGGUUAAUUCAAAUAUAGACAAUAAUAAUUUAUCAAAUUUAUCAAAUAACAAAGUUGAAGAUAUUGUUGAACUUUUAAAAGUUUUUGAUAAGUUAGAAAAGAUUAUUGAAUUAAAAAAAGCAGAAUUAGAAGGUUUAGAAAUAAUUAAAAAAGAAAAUAACAAAUUGAAUGAUUUAAUCGGUCAAAAAGAUUCUAAAUUGUUAGAAUUGGAAAAAAUGAUCAAAGAGUUUCUUAAUGUGGGGAGAGGAGAAAUUAAUUCACAUCAUUCAAACGAUCUAGUUGAAAAAAAUCGAUUACAAACGCAACAUUAUAUCUCCAAAUAUAUUUGGAAAAACAAAAAUUUCUAUUCACCUAUUGAAAAUAAGUUAAAUCAAGGUGAAUUUAGGUUAAUGGAAGGAUCAUAUGAAUUUGAAAACGUUGGCCCAGUUACACGAGUGUUGAUAAAUUCAACAAUUGCUUACCUUAAAGAAAAUGGAAUAAAACCUAAAGCCAUCUCCAAUAUUAAAAAUUAUCUUCAAACUAGCGAAAACUUUUCGACAGACAUUCAUACAGAAGAAAUCAAAGUGCCACUUUUUGGUGGCACUCUUGGAGCUUUCACAUUUAAUUAUUUCAAGACAUAUCAUAAAAAUAUCCGAAUCAAUGAAUUCAUGGGUUUGGACAAGAAUAGAUUCGAAGAAAUGUUGAAUUUGAUUUCUCAAGAAGUUGAAAACUAUAAAACCAAUGUAAAAUGUUUUCGACUUUACGCAAAGAAAAAAGAUGAAAAUGUCAACUAUCAAUUUUAA